AUGAAUAAAAAGACUGAGCUAGUAGUGAAGAAAGUACCUACGGAAAGUUCAGCUCCAGAUGGUUUCACAGCUCUGUCUGAUCUGGAGCUUGUGGCCCAAUCUGUUAUCUUUAUCUUUGCUGGCUAUGAGCCCACCAGCACUUCUCUUUCCUUCCUUGUGUAUGAAUUGGCCACUCACCCUGAUGUCCAGCAGAAACUGCAGGAGGAGAUUGAUGCGACUUUCCCCAAUAAGGAACCUCCCACUUAUGAUGCCCUUGUACAGAUGGAGUAUCUUGACAUGGUGUUGAAUGAAACUCUCAGAUUAUACCCAAUUGGUGGUAGACUUGAGAGGGUCUGUAAGAAAGAUGUGGAAAUCAGUGGUGUGUGCAUUCCCAAAGGGACAGUGGUGAUGGUGCCAACCUAUACUCUUCACCGGGACCUGGAUCACUGGCCAGAACCUGAGGAGUUCCAUCCUGAAAGGUUCAGCAAGAAGAACAAGGACAACAUAAAUCCUUAUAUAUACCUGCCGUUUGGAACUGGACCCCGAAACUGCAUUGGUAUGAGGUUCGCGAUCAUGAAUAUGAAACUUGCUGUUGUCAGACUCCUGCAGAAUUUCUCCUUCAAACCUUGUGAAGAAACACAGAUCCCCCUGAAAUUAAACUCUCUGGGUAUUAUUCAACCAGAAAAACCUAUUGUUCUCAAGGUUGAGCUGAGAGAUGGAAGUGUGAAUAGAGCCUGACUUUCCCUAAGGACUCCCCCUUUGUUCUUCAAGAAGCUGUGUCCCAGAAUACCAGAGACCUCAAUUUACUUUGUGAGUAAAAUCCAUAAAUGAAGAUGGGCUUGAUUAUGAUGGAUGACUAGGGAUUCUAAGCACCUGGUAUAUGCAUGGAGCAUUAUAUAUUGUGGAAUGUGAAAGGUGACUAAUACGUGUCAGACAUAUAAACUCAGCCUGUCCAGUCCCAGUUAGUACUAUCUAUUUCCCUGAGCACUGAUCGGUAAUAAAAAUUUCUGAAUAACUGUAUCAACAAA